CUCUCACACAUCGACAACUGGCCAUGUUUAUGCAUUGUAAUUACAUUCACUCACACAAUCGCAACACAACACUAACACAAACGUGACUCUACCUGCGCAAGAGUCGCAUUCCGUCACCCACCUCCGCGAUUGGCCGUCGAGCCUCUAAAGGCUUUGAGAUACAGUGUCACAUUUUUUUUUAAAUUUAGAAAGUUGGUUCAAGUGUUGGCCGUGUUUUGAUACCACCAUGUUUCAACAUUAAUAUCAGACGAUGUCACGCUUCACUAUUCUCUUGGCGGUCGCUGGUGCAGCAUCGAGUCAGCUUACGAUGGACGGUGUGAAAUGCGGUCAGCUUACCUGCCUCUAUGAAGAAUACUGCUCACCAGAAACGAACAGAUGCGCUCCCUGCUCUGCUGUUUGUAACAAAACACAUCACAACUACGACUCCGGCUUGUGCGUUAAGGAGUGUCAAGGUUACCUCCUGGACUUGAGAUACUUGCGGAGAACCGAGUAUGAGCCGCCGAAUUCGAAUACAAAUAGUGCGCAGCGGCAAGCGCAGACGGCGCUGAUUGUGAGCGGCGUGGCUCUGGCGGUAUUGCUUCUUGUUCUGAUCAUCGUAUGCCGAAGGAAGAUCUCAUGGAGGUCUAUUAAGCAAAGGUUUCAACCACCUAAGAAUCAGAUUAAGCAUUUCCCAAGCGACCUCACUCAUCACAACGCGCACGCAGAUUUCCCGAGACCGAAACACGAGCUCAAACUUGAAAUACGAAAUCCUGAACCAGCGAAACGUACCACCCAGCCCUUGAAUGUAAAGGACCUUGAAACGAGGACCUCACAAACGGACAAGAGUCAAGGUGCAACCACGCCUAAAACCGUUAGCACCGCUAUUAGUAACAGACACCCUGCCGAAGAUACUACCUUGGACUUUUCCUACGACAAUAUGGCAAUGAAUGUCAACCCGCCCGAACAACCAGAGUCCACAAAUAGAUUCUAA